CGUGUGUAACUAUGCCCCGCAGACACUCCGCUAUUUGCGGGAUCACAUCCGAAAGGUACAUUUGUCGAAGCUGUUUCCUUGCACCUAUUGUGACCUGAAAACAAAAAGGAAGGCUGAUCUCAAGCGCCACAUUCAAAGGAUUCAUGAAGAUCCCAAACGACAACAACAACAACAACAGCAGCAGCAACAACAGCAACAACAACAACUUCAGCCUCAGCAGCAGCAAAACAUCAUCGUCAAACAAGAGGACUAUAUUCCCCAUUAGAAUCAUGAGCCACACGAACAAAAGAAUUGAACUUAUCAUGGGAUGGGUCAAGAUCAUAACGUUCUGCGUGGGGGGAUUUAUUCUCGGUGGCGUGGUGUUUUUCGUAACGGGAUGGUUUACGGCGCCUUAUUCCGAAACCAUUUCCAACGAAGAUGAGUCCAAGCUGGCCAUUAUCAAGCGGUUAACUAAAAACAAAUGGAACGCAUUUGACAUUCAAGAGGACUUGAACAAAGUAUCUCCGGAUUCAAUGAGAAACUUCCUACUGGAGCUUUCUAAAGAACCUCACUUGGCGGGUUCAGAUCGGGACGAGUAUCUGGCAGGGUGGAUCAAAUCCCAAUGGGAAGCCUUUGGUUUGGAUGUUGUGGACCAGGUCAAGUAUCAGAUGUUACUCUCCUAUCCGGAUCCUGCGAAACCAAAUAUGAUCACUCUCCAGGAUGACGAGCACGGGUUACUUUUUGAAAAUUCAGUCAUUGAGGACGGUGUAGAAGGUGAUGACACAAAUUUUGUGGACGCUUUCCUCGCGUAUGCCAAAGCUGGACAGAUCUCGGGAGACGUGGUGUACACAAAUUACGGGAGAAUUGAAGAUUACGAAAUGCUGAUGGAUCCAAACUCAGAGUAUUUUACCAAUGUAACGGGCAAGAUCUGUCUGACACGUUAUGGAAAAGGUUUUCGAGGCAACAAGGUUCAAAACGGUGCGGAUAAUGACUGCAUAGCCGUAAUCAUUUUCUCCGAUCCAGCUGACGUUGCAGCUGAAGGGACAGAGGACGUCUACCCAGACAGCUUUUGGUUGCCAGAGUCCGGGAUUCAGAGGGGAUCUUCCUUCUUGGGACACGGAGACCCUGAAACUCCUGGGUGGCCGAGCUUGGACAACGUGUACCGGGUACCAGAUGAUGUGCUAGCCAAACGCUUGCCACCCAUUCCUGCGCAACCUAUUGGUUACAAGGACGCCGCCGUGAUUUUGGGCGCCAUGUCGGGAGAGCUUGUGCCUCCGGAUUGGAUGGGAGGAAUUGCAGGGGUCGAAUAUAGGUUAGGCGGGUCGUUCGACCCUGAAAAGUGCGCCACCAACUGUAGGUUAUCAAUUGAAGUUAACAAUAAACUAGAACGCAAGGUAUCAUCCAAUGUGGUGGGUAUCCUCAGGGGUUCAGAGGAACCAGAUCGGUACGUCCUAUUAGGGAACCACAGAGAUGCCUGGGGCUAUGGUGCCGUAGACCCCUCAUCCGGUACGGCCCAAAUGAUGGAAGUGGUCAGGAUUUUAGGCCAAAAAGCGAAUACAACAGAAUGGCGCCCUAGACGCUCUAUGGUAUUCCUCAGCUGGGGAGCUGAGGAAUACGGCUUGAUGGGUUCCACCGAGUUCACUGAGCACUACCUGACCAAGCUUAAAGAGCGUGCCAUUGUUUACAUCAACUGCGACAUCUGCGUGGCAGGCUCUGUGUUGAAGAGCUUUAGCACGCCCACCGUCAACCAUAAACUCUUACAAGCCACCAAAGUUGUGCCCAGUCCCUUCAAUCCGGAACAGAGCUACUAUGAGUUCUGGCACAACUGGACCAGCCAAGGUGAUUCGGGCAAUUCGGAGCCAGUGACCAACCUCCCUGCAGCUGGAAGUGACCACGCUUUCUUCAUCUACGAACUGGGCAUUCCCGUCAUUGAUUUCUCCGUCAAACCCGACUUUCAUGAAUAUCCCAACCUUGAAUUCUACAACUAUCCAACCUAUCAUACAGGUUUUGAGACAUUUGCAUUGGUGGAUGAAAUCCUUGAUCCCGGUUUCAAGCAACAUCAGGUCUGCGCCGGCCUCAACCUUGUCAUGGGACGUAGUUUGGCCGACGAUUUGUUGCUGGACUUCGAUCCAAAACAGUACUACCAACUUAUGAAGACUUCUGUGGACGAUUUUACUACAUCCGGGGUAGAAGAUAAGCUGUUAUCCUUGAAUUUGACAUUGAAGCAUGUUAGGUCAGCUGUUCAGGAAUUUAAUGACACAGCAGCCCUAUGGAACACUCGGCGGUCAUCCAAGGCAAUCGUUGAAGACCCACUAGCAUUGCGAAUUUUGAAUGAUCAAGUCAUGAAGUUAGAUCGCACCUUCCUGUUGCCCGAGGGUCUCCCGAGGAGGACCGAAUUUCGGCAUGCCAUCAUCUCGCCCUCCGAACAUGACAGCUAUGGAGCAGGAUCUUUCCCCGGGAUAUCCGAUCUACUUUUCCAUUUCGAUAGCCUGACCUCACAGGAACAGGGUGACCGCACAAAACAACUUGAUCGACACUUGUCCGAUCUCAUGAUAUUGAUAAAAAAUGCUGCAAAUUUCCUGAAGAAUCCGGAAAUGAUUGUUUAAAAACGCAGUUAGGAAAAAAACACGUUUGGUUAUGA